CUCGAAAACAAAGUAUCUUUGCGGGGGGACUGGGGACGAACAGGGAGAGACUGCGAGGUGAAACUGAGAGGAGUGAGCCACUGCGGCGAGCGGCAAAAGCAAAAACUGAGAGGGAAGCAGGCAGACGACGAUAAUCGACGUCCAUGGCGUCGGCGUCGGCGUCGUCCUCAGGAGGAGAAGGCUGGGAAGAGAUGACGCUGUGCGUAAAGUGGAACGGCAAGGAAUACACGGUGAGAGUGUGCGCCGAUGACACCGUGGGAGAGCUGAAGCGACGCAUCUGCGAGGCCACCACCGUCCUCCCCAAGCGCCAGAAGCUGCUCUACCCGAAAGUCGGCCCUAAGCAGCUCUCCGACGACGCCACCAUCCUCUCUACUCUCCAACUUAAGCCCACCUUGAAGAUGACCAUGAUCGGUACUGUGGAAGAUGAGAUUUUUGUGGACCAAGUUGAUGGCCCAGAAAUCAUUGACGAUUUUGAACUCGUGCAAGAGGAUGUCACUGAUAUCAAAGAUAAAGAUGUCAACCAACAGAAACUGAAGCGUAGAAUCAGUCAAUACAAGAUUGAACUUCUUAAUCCAUGUCGUGAAGGGAAGAAACUGCUUGUUUUGGAUAUUGACUACACAUUGUUUGACCACCGUUCGACGGCAGAGAAUCCUCUUGAGUUGAUGAGGCCAUGUGAGUGUCAAUUCCAGUUCCUUCUUUAUCCCCUUCAUAAUCUUUUCCACUUUAUAUUAUUACUCCUUUCUUCUUUCUCAGAUCUCCAUGAAUUCCUGUCUGCUGCUUAUGCGGAGUAUGACAUCAUGAUAUGGUCUGCAACUAGUAUGAGGUGGGUUGAACUGAAGAUGGGACAGCUGGGAGUGCUCAAUAAUCCAAACUACAAAAUCGCAGCCCUUCUUGAUCACAUGGCAAUGAUCACCGUGCAGUCUGACACACACGGUAUCUUUGACUGCAAGCCCCUUGGAUUGAUAUGGGCUCUCUUUCCAGAGUAUUACAAUUCGAAAAACAGCAUAAUGUUUGAUGAUCUGAGAAGAAAUUUUGUUAUGAAUCCACAAAAUGGACUUGUGAUUAAGCCUUUUAGAAAAGCUCAUCUAAAUCGGAAGAAUGAUGAUGAGCUGGUGAGGCUUACUCAAUAUCUGCUUGCCAUAGCAGAACUUGAAGAUUUGAGCCAACUUGAUCACGUGAAGUGGGAAUCAUUCAUAGAGAAGAACUCAAAAAGACAAAGGCAUGGUUGAACAGCUCAAGGAAAAAGAUGCAGAAAGUGAUAAAUGUUUGACUUAUAUGAUGCAACCUUUUAUUAUGUAAUUUGAAGAUCUUCUGUUUGUUUGUCGAUUGAUUAAAACUUGUAAGGCUUUGUACACUUUACAAGUGGAAGUAAGAAUUACUUCUGACUUUCUGAAAGGGACGGAGGGAAUGAUACCGAUUGUGGUUGAUAGUGGAAAACUGUUGGCUACAGUCGUGCACUGUCUGUAGGCCCAUUGAUUUUUGAACUGAUAUUUCUCCAAACAUUCUGUGGAUGAAAUACUAUGGUUUAAUUUAUACAAUUUCUAUAUAA